AUGUAUCGGCAAAUCUUGAUAAACGUUGCACACCGAAAUUUCCAGAAAAUUCUCUGGCGCUUCCCCGAUCAGGAACCUUUGCAGGAAUACGUUUUAAACACCGUCACUUACGGUGUGUCCAGCUCUCCUUACCUGGCCCUCAGAACGAUCAAAGAGUUGGCCAUACGGGAAGGUAAAAAAUUUCCCCGCGCGGCCCAAGCCUUGGAGCAUCAAAUCUUUAUAGACGAUAUCGCCGCAGGUGCGGACCUCCUUGAUGCAUUGCUAAGCUUACAGCAAGAACUUAUUCAGCUUCUUCAAACAGGGAAGUUCGAGCUUCGGAAAUGGGCAAGCAACCACGAAGCUCUCCUAUCUGCUGUCAAUGCCUCACAUCUUCAAAUGCCCUGUUCGUUUGACAAGGAUGAGCCCAUAUGUAUUAAAGUCCUAGGUUUGCAAUGGAACCCUUCUUGCGACACGUUUUCUCAUUCCUGCUCGCCCAGAGAUCUACCUUGUACCAAACGCAAUAUUCUCAGUCAAAUCUUUCGCGUCUACGAUCCUUUAGGCUUUCUGUCACCCGUGGUGCUAUUCGCUAAACUUUUAAUGCAAAAGCUUUGGUUCGCUCACUCGGACUGGGACGAAAUCCCCAGUGACGAUGUUUGUCGACAGUGGAAUAAUUUUAAGUCGGAACUUCCCGAACUAAGAGCCAUUAAAAUUCCGAGACGUAUAUUUGUAGACGAACCACAAUUGGUGGAACUGCAUGGUUUCUGCGACGCCUCGCAGACUGGCUACGGGGCAGCGGUGUACCUCAAAUGCAGAGAUUUUACUGGCAAUCCUCAGAUCCAUCUCGUCAUUGGUAAGUCUCGAGUAGCCCCUUUGAAAACCGCCAUCUCGAUUCCCCGCAUGGAACUAAUCGCUGUCGCACUUCUCAGCGACCUUGUCGACUACGUUAAGCAGGUCUAUGCAAGGCACGUCACUCUCGACGCAGUCUUUGCAUGGUCUGACUCACAAGUUACUUUGGCAUGGUUGGCGUCCCCAGCGCAUCGCUGGAAACCCUUCGUGGCCAAUCGAGUGGCACAUAUACACGGUCUCAUUCCCUUCACUAGUUGGCGCUACGUUCCCACUGCGGAGAACCCCGCUGAUUGCGUCUCCCGAGGUGUAACACCCGCUCAGCUCGUAAACCAUGGCUUAUGGUUUCAAGGCCCCGCUUGGCUUGCACAGGAACCCAAUAAUUGGCCUCAACAGCCGGACAUUACUGAGAUUCGUCCCCAAGAGGUCUUCUGCGAAGAGCGAACUUUAGUCUUGCACACCAGUUUCGAGGAGCACUUUUUAACGCUGUUGGUGAAUAAAUUUUACUCUUUGCCCAAAAUACAACACACAAUAGCCUACGUCCUUAGAUUCAUUUCGAAUACCAGAUCCGAUAAACUUACAAAACAAUUCGGUCCUCUCUCCCCAUUGGAGAUUCAAAAUGCGCUUCUGGUGAUCGUAAAACACGUUCAAAUGUUUUGCUUUACAGACAUCGUUGAACAACUAAACAAAAAUAAUCUGCCUCCCAAACCCUUUCGCAAGUUAGCCGUCUUCCUAGAUGGGCGAGGCUGCCUCAGGGUGGAUGUGUAUUCGAUGCUUCCGGGCGAAGCCCAAAUCUUACUCUCCCUUUAUGGCCGACCUCCCAGCCGUAAGAGUUUCACAACUAAAAGUUUUUUCGGUGGUAUGUCUAGAUUACGCCGGCCCCCUCUCGAUUACCAUGAGCAAGUCUCGAGGUGCCAAGUCACUAAUAUCUGCGUAUUUGUAUGCUGCGCCGUAAAAGCCAUCCAUCUGGAGUUGGUCUCUGAUUUAACUUCAGAAGCAUUCAUUGCCUCCUUUCGGCGGUUCGUAGCUCGCCGAGGCCGAUGCUCACAAAUAAUCAGCGAUCAAGGAACCUCCUUUGUCGGUGCCCAUAAACAAAUUCUCGAAUAUUUCAAACUCGCCGCCCAGACUGCGACUAUUCAGUGGAGCUUUAAUAGCCCCGGCGCUCCACAUUUCAACGGCUUGGCCGAAGUGUUGAACCCCCAAAAGAAGAAACUAUUGUCUCCCUCCGCAUUGCGUGUGCGUGUGAACCACCUCCACCGGACCGAGACCGUGAUCAUCAAGAUCGAACAGGAGCUGCUAUUGGGGCCCCAGUCCAGCGAGACAGCAGCGAGAAGAAGUUAG